AUGUUAACAAGAAUCCUUCUACUGUUUCUUCUACCAAACUUGAUGCACAAUGCGUUGGUAUCGUCAUUUGAAUGCUCGUGUACACUGAACCCAACGACUGGAAGCCCUAGCACAGAAGAAAGCACGAAAACUUCCUUCACCUACUCCACUAUGCACCCUGGUUUGUAUUUGAAUGAUAUUCUUUCAGCAAUUGCAAGGAACUCCUCUAAAGCCUGA